AUGGCCUCCGCGGUCGCCUCCGUCGCGGUGUGCGCGCGGGUGCGACGCGGGUGCGACGCGUUCGAUCGCGCGCGCGCGUUCGGCGUCGCGCGCGCGUCGCGCGAGGACGAUGGGCGCGACAUGGACACCGCGGUGACGCGUGGGCGAGACGACGACGUCGACGACGACGACGUCGUCCCUCGACGCGAUCGCCGGGCGAUGCUGGCGCUCGUGGCGAGCGCGACGACGGUGGCGUCGAUGGGGGCGGACCAAUCGAGGGCGUCGCCGGUGCGGUCGUCGACGCGCGCGGCGGAUAGGGCGCCGCCGACGAACGCGGUGCGACGGGCGGCGUGCGGACCGGGGUACGCGAGUUUAAGAGAUGCGAGCGCGUAUCGAGGGCUCGCGACGAACGAUCGACGAGGGAAGGGUGUAGAUGGAUUGAUACCCGCGGGAGAGGUGGGAGAGGAGGUGGAGAUCGCGCGAGCGAACGCGGCGUUGGCGCAGUGCGAGACGCCGUUUGAGAAGUAUAAGCAGCUCGUGGCGCUGCAGAUGACGGACGAGAGUACGUUCUAUCGCAUGCUGCGAUCGCAGACGGAGACCUUGUUGCCGAUUUUGUACACGCCCACGGUGGGGGAGGCGUGCGUGAAGUUCGGGACGUUGGUACAGCGACCGAUGGGGCUGUGGGUCAGCUCAAACGACGCCGGGAACGUCAAGCAGUUGAUUCGCAACUGGCCGGCGACGGAUGUGAAGAUCGCAGUUAUCACCGACGGGGAGAGAAUCUUAGGCUUAGGGGACCAAGGGGCGAACGGAAUGGGGAUCAGCGCCGGUAAGAGCAUGGUGUACGCCGCAUGUGGGGUCCCACCGAGCGCAUUACUUCCGAUUCAGGUCGACACGGGCACAAACAACCAAACGUUGCUCGACGAUCCUCUGUACAUUGGACUGAAACAGAAGCGCGAUCGUACGAAAGCGUACGACGCGCUCUUGGACGAGAUCGUUGUGGCGGUGAGAUCCCGUUACGGUCAAAAGACGAUCAUUCACUGGGAGGACUUUGCGCCCAAGAACGCGUUUAGGGUGCUGCGAAGGUUUCAGCAGGCGCCAGAGGUCGUGACGUACAACGACGACAUCCAGGGCACGGCCGCGGUCACCGUGAGCGGGUUGCUCGCGUCCGUCAGGUCUCUUGGAGGGGAUGUCACGCAACAAAGAGUGUUAUUUUUCGGGGCAGGUCAGGCGAACAUCGGCGCUGCGGAGCUCUUCGUUAGCGCCUUGGUGCAACGCGGCGUCUCAGAAGAAGAGGCGAAGAAGCGAGUUUGGUUAUUCGACUCGAAAGGGCUCGUCGUGCGCUCUCGCGCUUCGCAGCUGAGCGAAGACAAAUUGGCGUAUGCGCAAGACGCUCCGGAGGAGUCUGAUCUGGAGCGAGUGAUCGAGCUCAUCAAGCCAACCGCGCUGGUCGGCGCCGCCGCCGUGCCCGGAAAGUUCAACGAGCGAGUGGUGAAAAAGAUGUCCAAAAUAAACGACAGGCCGAUCAUCUUCGCCUUGUCCAACCCGACAUCUCAGGCAGAGUGCUCGGCCGAGCAGGCGUACGCGUGGAGCGACGGUCGAGCGAUAUUCGCCAGCGGCACCCGCUUUCCGCCCGUCACGUACCGCUCGCGGAAGUUUGAGCCCGGCUUCGCGAACAACGCGUUCAUCUUCCCACCCAUCGCGCUCGCCACCAUCGUCACCGGCACCAUCAACGUAACUCCAGAAAUGUUCCUCACCGCCGCCGAGGCCUUGGCCGAAUCCGUCGACGACGAACUCUUCUCCGUGGGCGCCGUGUACCCGCCCGUGGACCGCAUCGCGUCAUCCGCGCGCGUCGUCGCCGCGCGCGUCGCCCACGCCGUCGACCCCUCCAUCUCCCUCGAAGAGUGGACAGAUCGCGUCGACCAAUACGUCCGCAAAAAUGAUUUAUUUAGCAGUGUAUCGUAA